AUGUUCGUCCAACUGCGCCGCGUGGUGUACCUGUUGGUACUUCUGCACUGCUGUACUAGUGUGGCAUAUGCGCAAAGUGUGGAGGAAUCUGCAAAAGACGUUGUAUUAAGGAAGGAAAAAAGAUUAAGAUAUAUUGAAAGUCAUAUUAAUGCCACACGUAAUAGCACAUUUAUUAACUUGUUUAAAUUGAGGGAUGAAAGGAAAUUAUUCAGUAAUAAUACUGAACUUGCCAAAUCUGCUGCAGAGGAAGCCGAUAAUAUGUGCCAACAGAUUGAAACUGUGAUAAAGAAGAAAAGAACGGGUACUCUGAAUGAAAGCGAUCUCGCUGGGAAUCUAACUGCAGGGUUGCUGAAGAAUGCUACAGAUGCAGUACAAAAAGUCAAAGAUGCUGUUGGCAAGCUGAGAAGAUCAGCGUCCACGCUAAGGGAGUUGGGCAAUUCUUGUUAUGAGGCGUAUGACAAUUUGAGCAGUUUAAUAUGGGCUCAUAAGCCUGCGUUGAGAGAUUAUGUAUUUGCAAUUGAUGAUGCAAAAGAGCAGAAAGUCAACAUGACCAAACAAUGGAUGGUCGCUGAGAAGAGCCACAGGAAACAGGAAAAGGCAGAGACACUGAAGGAGCGUGCCAUUCACGCCGGUAAACAGUGUUUUCAGUUUGAGAGGGAGGCGAACUCGCAAGCUGUAAGUGCGGAAAACAAAAUGAGAAAGCUUGAAAGUCUUAUAAAUCAGUUCAAAGCUCUCUUUCAAAUAAGUUCUCCAACCACGGCAAAUGUACCAACGGAUGAUUCGAAAGGUGUGAGAGGUAAUCAAACACCUGAGAAAGUGACCAAAGAACCCGUAGUGAUUAACGCGCCCGAGGCGACUAAAGAACCCGAAAUGACCGAAUCCCCCGAAGUGACUGAAGAACCCAAAGAACCCGAAAAGCCCGAAGGGACUAAAAAACCCGAAGGGCCCGAGGUGACCACCGAAGAGCCUAAGACAACUGAGGAGCCACGCAAAGCAAGGAAUGUGAGGGAAACAGUAACUACCCCGUCAGGUACUGUCCACUCAAAGGAUGUCUUGCGUACGAUUGCCGCUCGGUUAAGUGACAGCAGCAGCAGUCCUGCAUUGGUGCACAGUCCCUUAUUGCUGCUUCUUGUUUCAAUGUGUGUGCUGGGCUGCACUGCGGUGUUCUAA